AUGACCAUCGGAGUCAUUGCCAACCACGCUGUCACAGUGGAUGCUUGGACUGCAACGGCCAAGUCCGUAUCCGACAUUGUCCCAGACACGCCAGCUGUGGUCAGCCAUGCUACCAAUCCGAGGUCGCGGCAUGCACCUCGAGAGAAUGCCGCCAGCCCAACAACAACAACAUUAGCAACAAACACCACUGAUGAAGAAGAGCGAGCCACAAGGGGUGCAGUCAGUGCCUCUAACCCGGCAGUAUCCUACCCCAAGUCUAACCUUACUCUGGUCGACCGGUUCAUCGACGAGCCGCGGCCUCUCCGAGUCGCCGUGAUAGGCGGCGGUCUCUCGGGCACCCUGGCUGGCAUUUUGCUUCCGGCCAAGGUGCCCAAGAUCCAACUCACCAUCUACGAGAAGAACGAGGACUUCGGCGGCACGUGGCUGGAGAACGUGUAUCCCGGGGUGCGGUGCGACAUCCCGUCGCAUGUGUACCAGGCGACCUUCGAGCCCAAGACGGACUGGAGCGACCAGUUCGCGCCCGGCGCCGAGAUCCGAGACUACUGGCAAGCCGUGGCCCGCAAGCACGACAUCUAUCGGCAUGCCCGCUUCCGGCACCGCGUUGACGGCCUCGUCUGGGACGAGACUGAGGCGGUGUGGCGUCUGACAGUGCACGACGCCGCGACGGGCACCACCAAGACCGAGGUGGCCGACUUCGUGCUAACUGCCAUCGGCCGCUUCAACGCCUGGAAGCUGCCCGACUACCCCGGCAUCGGGGACUAUAAGGGCCUCCUACGUCACGCGUCGCAUUGGAGCCCGGACUUUGACCCGUCGGGCAAGAAGGUGGCCGUCAUCGGCAACGGCGCCAGCGGGAUCCAGCUCGUGGCGAACCUGCAGAAGGUGGUGGGCCGUCUCGACCACUACGCGCGCAACCGGACGUGGAUCGCCGCGUCGUGGGCGGGCGACGAGCGCACGCUCGAACCGCAGCCGUACAGCGAGGAGCUGAAGAGCGGCUUUGCGGCGGACCCGCAGGCCUAUCUCGCCUUCCGCAAGGCGCUCGAGGACAAGUACUGGCGCCGCUUCGCCGCCUUCUUCCGCGGAUCGCGGGAGAACGCCGAGCUCCGCGACCGAUUCGUGCAGAUCAUGCGGCAGCGGCUGGCCAAGAAGCCGGAGCUCUUCGAGCACAUCGUCCCGGAUUUCUCGCCCAACUGCCGCCGGCUGACGCCCGGGCCGGGAUACCUCGAGGCCAUCAGCGAGGACAACGUCGAGUACAUCCGCACGCCCAUCGCCCGCUUCACCGAGACCGGCAUCGUGACGACCGACGGCGUGGAGAGACAGGUCGACGCCGUCUUCUGCGCCACGGGCGCCAACGUCGACAUGGUCACCCCGUUCCCCAUCCGCGCCCACGGCCGCGACCUGCGGGACUUGUGGGCUCCCGCCGCGGCUGCUGCUGCUGCUGCUACCGCCGACAAGGACGACGACGGGCGGCAUUACGGGUUUCCCUACACGUACCUCGGCCAGGCCACCCCGGGCUUCCCGAACCUGUUUUUCGUGCAUGGCCCGCACGGCGCGGGGCCGUCGGGCACGGUGCCACACAGCGUCGAGGUGCAACUGAGCAUGUAUGCCAAGUUUCUCCGCAAGGCGUCGCGCGAGGGCAUCAAGACCAUGGCCCCUUCCCAACGCGCCACAGACGAGUUUCAGGAGUAUGCCGACGCCUUCUUCGCGUCGACCGUGCUGUCGGACAACUGCAGCUCGUGGUACAACGGCGGCAGACCCGGUGGGCGCAUCCACGGCGUGUGGCCCGGUAGCGCGGGCCAUGUGACGGCGGUGAGGAGGGAGCCGCGCUGGGAGGACUGGGAGUACACGUAUCUCGGCGACUCGGGGAAUCGGUUUGCCUGGUACUUUGGCAAUGGGUGGACAAGCAAGGAAGCGGAUCCGGACUCGGACAUGACAAACUACCUGCGGCUGCCGGGCGAGGUGGACCUGAAGGAUAUCCACGAACGCUGGUGGGAUUUGCCGGGGGACUGGUCUUCAUGA